GGCCCAAAAGGCGGAGUCGCAAGGCGAAGGGGCCAGAUCUGUGAGCCCAACGCUGACUUCGCCGCGGAGAAAGCCAGCGGGAACCCAGACACCUAGGAGCCCGGCGUCCCCGCCCGGCCUGGCCAGGCCCCGCGCUAUGGAGUUCCUCUGGGCCCCUCUCUUGGGUCUCUGCUGCAGUCUGGCCGCUGCUGAUCGACACACCGUCUUCUGGAACAGUUCAAAUCCCAAGUUCCGGAAUGAGGACUACACCAUACAUGUGCAGCUGAAUGACUACGUGGACAUCAUCUGUCCGCACUAUGAGGAUCACUCUGUGGCAGACGCUGCCAUGGAGCGGUACAUACUGUACCUGGUGGAGCGUGAGGAGUACCAGCUGUGCCAGCCCCAGUCCAAGGACCAGGUCCGCUGGCAGUGCAACCGGCCCAGUGCCAAACAUGGCCCAGAGAAGCUGUCUGAGAAGUUCCAGCGCUUCACACCUUUCACCCUGGGCAAGGAGUUCAAAGAAGGACACAGCUACUACUAUAUCUCCAAACCCAUCCACCAGCAAGAAGACCGCUGCUUGAGGUUGAAAGUGACUGUCAAUGGCAAAAUCACUCACAGUCCUCAGGCCCAUGACAAUCCACAGGAGAAGAGACUUGCAGCAGAUGACCCAGAGGUGCGGGUUCUACAUAGCAUCGGUCACAGUGCCGCCCCACGCCUCUUCCCACUUGCCUGGACUGUGCUGCUCCUACCACUUCUGCUGCUGCAAACCCCGUGAAGGUGUAUGCCACACCUGGCCUUAAGGAUUGGAACUGGGCUGAAGAGAGGGACAGGCACUCCAAACCUGUCUUGGGGCCACUUUCAGAGCCCCCAUCCCUGGGAACCACUCCCACCACAGGCACAAGCUGUCACCUAGCAGCCUCAAAACGGGUCAGUAUUAAGGGUUUCAACUGGAAGGAGGCCAACCAGCCCGGCAGUGCCAUCCCCACCUUCACCUCGGAGGGAUGGAGAAAUAAGUGGAGACAGUCUUUUCCCACCAUUCCUGCCUUUAAGCCAAAGAAACAAGCUGUGCAGACAUGGUCCCUUAAGGCACAGUGGGAGCUGAGCUGGAAGGGGCCACGUGGAUGGGCAAAGCUUGGCAAAGAUGCCCCCUUCAGAAGACAGCCAGGAUGCCCAGAUGAACUGACUAAAGGAAAAGCAAGAAACAGUUUCUUGCUUGGGAGCCAGGUACAGGAGAGGCAGCAUGCUUGGGCUGACCCAGCAUCUCCCAGCAAGACCUCAUCUGUGGAGCUGCCACAGAGAAGUUUGUAGCCAGGUACUGCAUUCUCUCCCAUCCUGGGGCAGCACUCCCCAGAGCUGUGCCAGCAGGGGGGCUGUGCCAACCUGUUCUUAGAGUGUAGCUGUAAGGGCAGUGCCCAUGUGUACAUUCUGCCUAGAGUGUAGCCUAAAGGGCAGGGCCCACGUGUACAGUAUCUGUAUAUAAGUUGCUGUGUGUCUGUCCUGAUUUCUACAACUGGAGUUUUUUUAUACAAUGUUCUUUGUCUCAAAAUAAAGCAAUGUGUUUUUUCGGA